UGUUGAUGCAAUUAUGUGGUAUCGCUAUCGCACCAAGAUUCGCUUAAAGCGGACCGCUUCCGAACCGGGAAAGCUUUUCGGUAUGAAAUUGAACAAUUUCUGACAACACCCACGACGUCCAAGAUGUUACACGCCCGGGCUACUAGAACGCUUCUGGCGUCGGCACUCGCAGUGGCAUCCACCUCCUCCAUCCAAGUGCAGCUGGUGACGGGUGAGGGAGCUGCCACUCGGAAAAAAGACCACAAAAAUGAACAUCAGACGCAUAAACAAAACCAUCUUCUGCAGGACCGCGCUGGUGCUCCUGGUGGCAAGAAGCUGCAGCAAGAGCUACAACAUCAAGCCGGAACAUCUACCUCCUCCGCCACAUAUGUUGAACGGUUUGACGGCUUAGGACGGCCGGUUGUUUCGGAAUUACCCAAAAAAAACUUUGCAGCGCCGACGUUUCUCGCUUCCUUUUCGCAGAAACAGGAGGACGCGUCUGUUGGGGCGCAUCAAGCUACAACUACCUCGACCGCCGACGAUGAUAACUACAGUGAUGGGAAAAUAAAUUCAACUUCCGAAGAACAAAACCACGAUCCUCGCCCAAGAACCUGCACAGUUGACGCCGGCAAUUGCCCGAUGCUCCAACUGUGGAUCGGACUGGACAUCGGCAGCUCCGGGACUCGAGCGAAGGUGCUGCAGCGGUGCCGCCGGAGUACUAGCGAGGAUCAUCCUAUUGGAGUAGUAGAAGUAGGACAAGAGCGGGAUAAUUAUACGAGAACGACGGUGCUGCAGCUGUUACCAUCUUUCAUUAAGCCAAACACCUUGGAAUUUGUUCCUGGCGCCGGCUGCGCGACAGAAGUCGACGACAUUUUAGUCGCGUGUGGUCGUGCGCCGACACAACUGUCAUCUUCGACCGACGAUGGAGAUGAUGAACAAGAAACAUCAGAGCAAAAAACGACCAACCCCUGCAAACUCGCCGCCAAGUCUCUCGUUUUCGACUUAGCAAGUCGCAUUCGUGUCGCCAACGACACCAACUUUUCCGAAGAAUCCGUGAAGACGGGCGCUUUCCCAGUGAAAGUUUUCGGCUACGCAACCGCUGGCGCGCGCCUCCGAGCGGACGAGCCGAACGAAAUUUUGAAAAGAUUUGAGCAGGCCGUUUUCUCGUUGAACACGUACGGGAACCGUGGGCCGACGCUGCAGCGGUCGCACCACAUGCGCGUUUUGCACGGAUGGGAGGAAGCCAAGCUGGAGGCCAUCGCCAUUCAGGAACACAACAUGUUUUCCAUGGGCGGCGCGAGCGCGCAGAUUGCCUUCGCGAUACCGCAAAUUAUGAACGACACAGUUUACAACGACGAGGAAGGGGGCGCCUCAAGCACUGUAAAGCAAACGCUGCAAGAUUUCCCACCCUUCCAGAACCUGCUGCGGGUGUGUGACAACUGGCACCAGGUGUGGGCGGCGGAGUCCUCCAGCCUCAAGAACGACAAGCCAGCUACUGGCAGUGCCCGCGCCUGUCAUUCUGUGCGGCACGCGGAAUCUAUCGACGACGCGGUGCGAACAUUGAUCGAGCUGCACCCUUUGUCGAGCAGCAACAUUCGGUGCGGCGCCACCGAAACGAGCGCCACCGCGUUUCUCCGGGGUCCGGUAGCGGAGGAAGCGGACAGGCAAGUGAACUUCUUCUCGCCGACCCAGUCGCAACAUCAUAGCAACGAUGUAGCUUAUUUCAAACAAGAAGAAGUCACGCUUUCGGUUGUCUACGCGAGCUUCCUGGCGAACGCGGACAAGGACAGCGUCUGUCAUGUCCACACAGGCCGGAAUGGGAAAAAUGCAGCUGGUCCUCCUGGAAAAAAUUCGGGUUCCUCUAGUUCCACUUCUUCUUCAACAUCUUCGGAGCCAAUUGCAGACUCUGGUGAAGACAACUCGCAUCUUCAAAAAGAAGCCUUGCCGCCCUGUGAGGCUCGACACCUGGAUGAAGGCACGAGCUACCCGCAGCACGCCCGCGGCCGGGGUUACUACCACCUGGCGGGCGGCAUGGAGGGAUUCCGAGCCGUGUUUCUCCGGUGGGGACAGAAAUGCCUCGACGAAGUUGAAGUGCCGGAGUUCUUCGUGAAAAAGAACGAGAGCCACGUCGUAGACAGUCCCAAGGACUACAAUGAACUACCGCUCACGCAGGCGUUGUGUGCGUGCGGGUGGGGAAACGCCUACACGGAGAAGUGCGCGGGCUACCACCCGUACAUGCAUGAUGGUGCCAACGAGAACGACGGCGCUGGUGUAGAGGUGCUUCCAGCAGAGCAGAGUCUCGAGCGGGCGCAAAUGUGCAUGGAAAGCAUGAUGGUGCUGCUGAGCUGGGAUGACGAGGUGUUGUUUCUGAACGAACUGCUCCAAGCUCUGUACCCAAACAAGAACUCGCUAGUCUUUCACGCUGCGGGCGCCGUGGGUUCGUCCCUCAGGUGGGGUGAGGACAUGAAGAGGAUCGCGGAACGUGCGGGCUUCGACCUCACGAAGGCGAAUUCUUUGCACACCAGUGCGAGUACCGAUGCCUUGAGCAGGCAAGUGAACUUGGUGGGCUGGCAAACAGAGGAGAAGCUGCUGGCGUAUCACAUGCUCGGUUGGAUAACAAUCUCAAAUGGAACGUUUUGUGAUGCAGAAUGCCGAUGAUCUGCAUCUGCCUAUAGUCUUAGUUGCACAUCAGCUCAACAGUACAAUAUCUAAUAUGAUAUUUAGCACCGCUUUGAAGUUCGUUCAAUUUUUCGAUGCAGAAGUUGGAGCAAUAUGGUUUAUUUGCGUUCUUCCGUUUCAUAUGUAUGAAGAAGAAGUUAGUAGAGUAAUUCUGACCGGUUUACAACAUCGUUCCACUUGACGAUGGUCUCUCCAGCUGAGUAGGCCAUAUGUCGGACCCGGAAUUUUUGCGACUCGAUGAAGGCGGACCGCUUUUUCCUUCGCAGAAACUUACAGGGCAGCAGGAGCAGCUGCUGUGGCGUGCGCUGGCAAUGGCACUGGGGAUGCAGGUGGGCGCGCCACGGGGCUCGUGCGGUCGAAACGUCUCGGAAGACGGCGGUUCCUCCGCCCACAAACGCCCAAAAACGGAACACCAUUAUCAACUUCCCGCCGGGGUCCGUGCGUUGUUCUGCAACUUUGGGUUGCUCGGAAGAAUCGGGCACCACCCAAUCACGUGGCUGCCGGCGGUUACAGACGACUUUCCGGCGGACGAGAGCGAGGGGGAGUUGGGCCACGUGUGAGGAUUCUUGGUGCAGCUAUUAUUAUCUGAUUGUAGAAGAUGUGCGAUCCUUAUCCUUUGGUCGUACGAAAAAAAGUAUACGUGUGCCGUUCCUCGACCAUGACGUAGAUCAAGCUCAAAAGCCAGGUCGUGCAGCAUAAAAGAGAUGGAUCCUCUCGUGAAAAGUAGUCC